UUUUUUUUUUCUUUUGUGCUUAUUUUUUUUUUAUUUCGUUCUCGCUGCUCUGGAUGUACCUUUGUUAGACGCUUGGGCAGCAGAGUUUCCGUGACUUGUCUUGCGCCAGGCGCGGAAGAAUCGAGGGACUGCAAAGGGACAGGGCACAGCGAGAAAUACAGCCCGGCAAGGCGCAACAGAACAACGGCGACUCGCUUUCCUUGAGCUUGGGUCCAGCCAGCCGAUCAGCCAUGACGCUGCAGUCCAUUGUCACGAAUCGCUAUGACGGCCAACAAGACGCUCGCGGCAUGGCCGUUCCGUAUCCUCAACCCGCAUCUCCAACCCUGACUAACCCGGACAUGAUCUUGCCCGACUACGAUGAGCCCGACACGUACCGCGGCCGGUCGCAGACGGGCCCGUCGCUCUGGAACAGCGGGCACCAUAUCGAAGACGGCUUUCAGUUCACCCAAGACUUCUACGCCAAUCCCAACCCUCUGACAACGCCCAUCAUCUACGGCAAUGGAACCAUGCUUUCAGACAUUGGCGAGGUCACAGAGGUGGAGAGCGUCGUUGGGCCGAUUCCCUCGCGCAAUGCGUCCAAGCGCUCGAACCACAGCUCGGGCGACGAAGGCCCGUUUCGAGCAUCGCUGACUGCGGGAAAGAGGUUUAUACAGCAGCGACACCAGCAGCAGCAACAACAGCGCCAGCAGCAGAAUGAUCGCGAGCGAAGAAUGUCCACCGAUUCAACCAGCACAAUUGGCGCAAACGACGGCGGUGCCUUCAUCGAUUUCGACGAUUCGGCGAGCGUGGGCGGAGACAGCAUAUUUCAGGGCGACGACGAAGAGAGUAUGGCGUCCGAGUACGUGGAAGGAACAGCCGCCUCACACCACUUACGCGCCUAUGACCCGACGGCUAGGCGGAGACUGAGUGAUGAUGGGACUUCUAUCAGCAAGCGAGCGGAGCAGAUUCUCGCCAAUGCCAAAAUGAGACUGACUCAUAUGGAGGACAAUCUUACCCGAGCAAGAACCUUGAGUUAUUCAUCUGUAUCCGACGGCUCAACACCAUCGCCUACCAUGGGAAGGGCCGCUUCAGCACUCCGUAGGCCAGAUGUAACAUCAGCUGCGACGAAUCUAUCGAAAACGGGCAACGAGAACGGUGCAAUUUCUGGGUCUUAUGGAACAUCAAAGGUGCCGGGCUAUACACAGCGGUCUGCUAGCGCUCUUGGUUCUGCUGGUGGUUAUCGGCGGCCUUUGCCUACAUCCAGAAGCAUGGACGGCCUGGGGAGCAGCGCUUCGACUCAAGGCGCUCAUGGGCAUUUCAGCUACUAUCAAUCAGACACUACUCUGGAGGCUCUGAAUGGGAACGGAGGGCAGCGAAACGGCUCACGAACAACCACCUCAGCGAGUCCCACGCCGGGGGCCUAUUCUGAGCUUGGGUUGACUCGUUCUGCUUCGGCAUCACAGAUGCGAGACCUUCAAGACCAACUGAAGGGCCUGAAAGGAAAGAUAUCUACCUUGAAAGAGCAAGCACGUGCAGAUAGCAUGAAGCGUCGCAGUCUCCAAAGCCUUCGUAUGCCUAGUCCGUUUACCAAUGCUACCUGGGAACCAAACUCUGCGGAUUCGCGUGGUUUCUACAGCAGCGGAGAGGAUACACCAACAACGGCAGAGCAUGUCGACGGAAACAUGAGCAAUGGCGAGAACGAAUAUGCACGAAAACAGCCCGAGUACAUAGCCGAGCCCAUUGAGGAAGUGGAGGAAGAGGAAGAGGAAGAGGAAGAGCAAGAGCAAGAGCAAGAGCAGCUUCAAGAGCAGUAUGAGGAGCAGCUUCAAGAGCAGUAUGAGGAGCAGCACCAAGAGCAGUAUGAGGAGCAAUAUCAGGAGCAAUAUCAAGAGCAAGAGGAGGAAAGUGGGGAAGGAGAGGGAGAAGAGCAGGGAGUCAGAGUGAUCGACGAGCAUCCUCUAACCCCAGAGCCUCAAGAAGACCAUGAGCGUCUCGAGGAGAGCGAAACUCCCAAGGUUCGGACCCUGGCCAGCCCAUUGGAAGUAGAUCAACAAGAAGCAAUCAACGGCCGCCGGAGCUCAUCACCAGCAGAAAGUGUCGCUACUGAGUACACGGAAGUAGAGUCGAGCCCCGAGGCGGCUCGCGAUGGCUAUGCAAGCGAAGGCGAGGAAUCGCUGUAUCAUGAAUCUUUCCAGCAGCCCAUCUCCCACGAAGACCGCGAGGACGCCUUUGAUUAUGAGCACUUCUUUUUGCACUCUGCUAUGAGUACUAUGACGGACCAGCGACUGCGCUCAGAAAGUGUGAGCUCGGCAGACUCGGUGGAAACUACACGGGGCCCAAUUGUGUCGCACAGGCGGAGUAGCAGUGCGGAUACGACAGCAUCUGUGGACACGUUCGCAACGGCAACUGAGGGACUGGACAGUCGUAGCACAACGGCUCAGGGUGCUUUCAGAGUUUACACGGCGGCUGACUUGUUUGAAGAUGCUCGGCGAAGACACGCCCAUUCGUUUAGAGACUCUUCAGUGAGCAGCAGCGACGAGACUGCUUCUACGCUUGGGACACACCAGAGGAGCAGCACAAUGACUACGCCUCGGCCAAUGAGCAACAGUUCUGUCAGAUCUAUGCACCGACCGUCGCAUUCGUCCUUUGAAUCUAUCGGAACGAACCGGAGCUUCCCACUCAUCAACAAGACCAAGCUUAACAGUGGUAUCUUAACGCCUGGCGGCUCUCCUGAUCAAGGGCUGAAGAACAAGAUUAGAGACUCGCUCUUGACCGAUACAUCGAGCAUUUACAGCCAAACCAGCAGCAAUGGGCGAGGCGGACAAUCGCCAGCGCUUCAAGUCCUGUCCAAGGAUGUCCAGGUGACUGUUGAGAAACUGGUUGCAAGCAUCGGAAAGUGCGUUUUGGCGCUGGGUGAGCCUGACGGAGCUAAUCCAGGAGGCCAUGAAUUAUACAAGCGCAGGAUCGAGAUGGCUCUGCGCGUUCUCAACGGAGAAGCUGAUAUCCCUUGAAAAGGACCCAGACAUUUUUUUUCUUCAAUUUUUCUUUUUUUCACGAUUGCGAAUAUUUGACUGCGUCUUUGAAGCGUAUAUGGAUGAGACGCGUCGUUUGGAGAUGGGAUAGGGGGAGUGGACAACUAUGAUUUUAAUGCUAUUCCGGCGCUUGCUUAUGCACGGACAGCUUAUGCCUUCGAUACCCUUUUCUUCUUCAUGUUUUUUUACUUGUUUUAUAAUUCUCUUCGACUAUUACUUUUUUAUUUCUAUUAAUUGGCAAGACUGCCUAUUCAGCGUUAUGCUGCCUUUUUUUUUUU